GCCAGUAAAUUUCCAGUCAAUCUGACGCCUACACUCCACAGUUGACACCUGAGCUAGGGCUUUUACUCCCAAUCGAACUCGCCCAUAACCAUGAAACUAGCUCCAUUGAACACCGUUCAGAACGCCCACGACGACUCAGUCUGGACGGCCGCGUGGGUGCCGCCGACGGAGGAUUCGCCGCCGCUGCUCUUGACGGGUUCGCUUGAUGAGACGGUUCGGUUGUGGAAUCCCGAAGGUCCCGAGAAGGUGCAGACGAACACCGGACACUGCCUUGGCGUUGUAUCGGUGGCGGCCCACCCCUCCGGCAGAAUCGCGGCGUCCGCCUCCAUUGACAGCUUCAUACGAGUCUUUGAUGUCGCUACUAACAACACCAUAGCCACCCUCGAGGCUCCACCCUCUGAAGUCUGGCAAUUGCAAUUCAAUCCUCAGGGUACAACACUGGCUGCAGCUGGAGGUGGUAGUGCUUCAGUGAAGCUGUGGGAUACCGCCGAAUGGAAAUUGGUUGCUGCCCUAGAAGUUCCUCGACCGGAAGGCUUGAAGCCAUCAGAGAAAAGUGGCAGCAAGAAGUUUGCCCUCUCUGUGGCAUGGAGCCCGGACGGUAGACAAAUUGCUUGUGGCUCAAUGGAUGGCACCAUCUCAGUUUUUGAUGUUCCCCGUGCUAAGUUCAUGCACCACUUGGAAGGCCACUGCAUGCCCGUGCGAAGUCUUGUGUACUCAUCAGCCCCUCUUGAUUCAAGGGUACUUUUCUCCGCCUCAGAUGAUGGUCACGUGCACGUUUACGAUGCCGAACGGAAAACCUUGAUUACAUCAAUGUCAGGCCACUCAAGCUGGGUACUGAGUGUGGAUGUUUCCCCAGACGGGGCAGCAAUUGCUACGGGCUCAAGUGACAAGACCGUUAGGCUUUGGGAUCUAAAAAUGAGAGCUGCUACCCAGAUACUAACAAGCCAUAACGACCAGGUAUGGGCAGUAGCCUUUGGGUCACCAUUACGGACAGAUGUAAGAUCUUGUCUGCUUGCUAGUGUAUCUGACGACAAGAGUGUAUCAUUCUAUAAAUAUUCUUGAAGUAUCAUCUAUACGGCAACUUAAGAUCACAACUUAUCCGCCCCAUUUGGUUGAGCACUGCAGGGUGGCGGCUGUUUUCUAGUUUAACAUUUACUAGUGGCUGAGCAAACUCGUGUAUGUAGACGUAAAUUUGUCUGAUAUACUUGACAGGUUGUCUUUGGUUUUUGUUCUGAAUUAGUUUGACGAUGUUUAUUCCAUCCUAUACCAACCUUAAAUUAUUCCCCGCGUGUCUCUUUUGAGCAACCUUCAUUCUUUGUUUUUUCUCAGCUUUUAUUGAAAUGAUAUCCAUUGGUAA